GUACAGUAGAUCAACACAUUCAUACGAUUGUUAUGGUUAAAAGAUGUGCAUUCGGACUUUGCAACAGUGACAGUCGGUAUCCGGCCCGGAAUGAGGGGGUGAUAUUUUACCCAUUCCCUAAACCUAAAACAAAUAUUGACAAAUGUCGACGGUGGAUCAAGGCGUGUAAUCGUCCCCACAAACAACUCAACGUCGACAGCAUAACAAAAAACACUUAUGUCUUCUCCAAGGUAUGUUCAAUUAUGUUGUUAAUAUUGAUCGUAGCAUACAAAUUUACGCUCUUAUAAAUGAUUUUGCGUAUUUAAACAGAAGUUACGCAUAGGCCAAUAUGUUAAUUGUUAGCAAAAUCGGCCAGAAUUUCCUUUGCUGUUUUUGAACAUCGUCUGUCAUGUCCCCAAUUAUUUUAAAAUAUAUCGCACAUGCCGGGGCUACUGCCUGAAUAAAAUGUGUUUUAUAGUGUAUUAAAGAGGUUAACAUGCAUUUCACAUCAUAACCCUCGAGAAGUGAAAAUUUUGCAUACGAUUUCACUUAAGUAAUUUUGUCAGUACCUAUAUACAUAUUUGGUAGAUCCCUGUUUAUACGUAUAUCUUUGAACUCCUAAAGAAUAAUUUAGAAUAUGUGUUUAUCUGAAAAAUUGUUUGUUAACAUGGUUAAGAGUCAUGCUAUAUUUGAUUGCAGCACUUUAUGAAUGGCUGUGGUCCUACACCAACAUAUCCUGACCCCAUUCCUCUGACUUCCAGCACAUCCAAGCCAUCUAGACCCCCACCAAGGAACAGGGGAAUCUUCAACAAACAGUCAAGUGAAUCAGAAAAUCAUGAAGACCCUGAUAAUCAAUGUGAAGAAUCUUCUCAGCAUGUUACUGCCACUGGUGUGUCAACUUGCUCUCAAACUGAGGAAAAAUGGGUUGAACCUAUGGAUGUUUUACUACUGGCUGCUGAAAACAAGAACAUUUUGGAGGAAAAUAGAAGCUUAAAUGAUUUGGAGAGCUUUCCAUCUGGCCUCACAGAAAUGUCAUCAAAGAAAAUAUGCCACCCAAAUUUAAAGAAGAAUUUCCGACAACUUUUGGUAUUCUUGACUGCACAGAAAUAAAAAUCAACAAACCAUCAUCUCUUAAGGCCCAAUCACAAACCUACAGUGACUAUAAAAGCUGCAAUACUAUGAAAGGUUUAGUAGUGUGUGAUCCAAGGGGUUCAGUUACAUUUGCUUCCAUGUUACUUAGUGGCGGUAUAUCUGACAAGGAUAUUUUUGUUCGAUCGAAGUUUGAAGACAUGCUCAAAGACUUGUUGGAUGAGGGUUACCUACUCCAAGGAGAUGGACUCAUGGCAGAUAAAGGAUUUAACAUUGAAGAGGAAGUAAAGAAAUGUGGGCUGCAAUUAAACAUACCACCCUUUGCAACCAUUGGAAAACAAAUGACCAAGAGUGAUGCUUUACUAACCAAGAAAAUAGCUAAACAUAGAGUUCACGUUGAAAGAGCUAUUGAGAGAAUCAAACGUUUUAAAAUUUUAUCUGGAAAAUUCAAACUCUCUUUAUUUACUUUGAUUAACCAAAUAUAGUAUGUCUGUGCUAUGCUUUCAAAUUUUUUUUCUUCCUUGCAUUAAAAACAAAACCUAAUUAAGUCAAAGCUUUUAAUUUUUUUAAAAAUAAAUAUUAACCAGUUAACCUGCAUUUCAUACAUGUAAUGGGGUAUUUUCUUGACUAAACGCAUUACCCUCAGUAUGUAGUGUAUAUAUUAUAUAUUUUAUUCAU